AUGUCAACACCCACGUCAUCUGUCGCGAUGCCCAGCACGAGUUCAACGCCAAGUCACAUGACCUCAUCAACUUUGAAGAGCUGCAAGUGGUACUGCGACCGCUUGUCAGGUCCGAAUGCGCUCAUUGGAAGCGGGGGACCGAGGGACGUCCUGGUCUCCACUAACCGCACCAGCGGGCCGAACGCUGACCCAUACUCCACUCACCCAAAGUUUCAACGCUGCCAGACUCGAUUUGUCGCAAUACUGACGAGUUAUGAAACCCUGAAGAUUGCGCCAGGCGGAACGAGUCGCAGAUGCGUUUUGAAUGCGCAUGCUUGUCGGUCGCUGAUGGUGGACGAGGACAUGCUCCUCGAUGCUAUUGUCGUCUCCGGGUGGGAAUGCAUGACUGAUGGUUCGUGGGGCGGCGCAAAGCCGAAAGCAAAAGCUAGCGAGGGCCCUGUGAUCCAGUCUGAUGCGAUUCGCUUUUUUUGCGCAGUGUUCAGUGGUGGCAGAUCAAAGAAGCCGCCGCAACCAAAUGCGCCCGGGCGAGGGACCGAUCAGCAGCACGCAGCCUUGCUUGCGAUCAUUGUUGUUGUUUGGUCUCAGUCCCUCUCUCUAUUUCCCCCCCCAUUACGCACCGUCUCAGUGCGUCUGGUUCUGGUUUGAUCCAUCGCGGGCUUAUUUGAUCCAUUGGCCGUUGAUAGUGGUGACCAUGGACCUUUCAAUGCCGGCUGCCAACACAACAUGUUACAGAGGAUGCAUUGCUGCUUCUAAGGUCAACGGC